CCAAGAAACAUAUGUAAACAUUAAUAUGGCUUCGUUGAACCAGAACAGCAGCGAAUCUUUUACGAGCGGCAUCGAGUAUAACUGCAACAAAACACAGGAGGCGUUUUUUUUGGUCCUCUACGCAGUUGUAGGGAUUGUCAUGUUUUUUGGGAACAGUUUCGUCUGCGUGGUUUUCUUAGCGUCCAGGAAACUUCGCCAUAGUUUCAUGAAUAUGUUUCUGUUAAGCUUGUCAGCCUCGGACAUCCUAAUGGCUGCUUUUGUUAUUCCCUUUUACACAGUUCACUGUUUCCGAGACUGUCCUCAUUCGCUGACCUCUUACUGUUGGCUUUUAAGAAAGGCUCGAGACUUCGUACUGGCGGCAACCACGCUCAACAUUUGCGCAAUUACUUACGAUCGUUUUCUCGCCAUUCUCCGUCCGUUGCAAUACGGUGCCAAAAUGACAAGACUUAGAGUAGGGGUCAUUUUAACAGCCGUGUGGUUGAUUCCCGCCGUGGUAGCUGCAACACGCAACGCAUGGAAUCAAAGAACUGACGACAACGCACAGCGUCACCUUAAAGUCAAGUUGUAUGACACAUUUGUCGUUAUAAUCCCAGUGCUUCUGUUUCAGAUUGGAAUUGUGACUGUUAACAUUCAGAUAAUUCGUAAUAUUCACAAACACGAACAAGCUGCUAAGAUUUGUGGUGCUUUGCAUUCACCAGAUCAACAAAAAAAAGACCUGAGAGAAAUUUCCCGUUUAAGAAAGGGAACAACAUCAUGUGUUAUUGUUGUGAUGACAUUUGUAAUAUGUUGGUUGCCAAAAACUGUGCAUAAUUUUAGCUAUAUUGUGGAUUCUCCAGAUCCUCUCUUAUCAAGUCCCUUAUUUUUCAGAAUUUGUUUUAUUUUCCUAUUUAUACAAUCGUCUUUCAAUCCAUUUAUUUACACUGUGUAUAGAGCACAAUUCAGAAAAGCUACAAGGGACAUUAUCACAAGAUUUUAUUUCGGCCCAAAGCAACAGAAAAAUAAUUCUUAUCUCUGAUUGGAAACUCAUGUUGUCAAUAGUGUCUGUUUUAUUUCAUUUGUUAUGCAUAAUGCAAUUAGAAAAAGGCCAACAGCUAUGUUUUUGCGACGAGAUGUCUCGUUUGAUAUACACGCUAUCGAUGACAUAAUCUGUUUUUCCAAAGUGUACAGUUUUAAUAAUACAAUUUGUGAAAUGCUUGACUAAAAGUUUUAUCAUUUUAGGAAUGAAGAGGCCUGUUUUGAAAUAAGAAGUAACAACGCGAUGACUGUUCAAAGCUUGAUUUCAUUUAAUAAUUUAAGCCUAGUUUUAACUGACGAAUAAUCUUGUUGUUAAUGAUUCAAUCGCAAGUGGACUAUUGCCAGAAUGCUGACCAGGUGGUCCAGUCCUAUAGUCAUCCUUCAUUUGAUAUCCAAUUUUCGGAACAAAUCUUCUUUUAAAAAUGCAUCAAUCCUUCAACAUUAAAAAUCUCACUUGAGCAUCAAGCGCCAGUGAUAAUAAAAUAGCUAGAACUGACCUGAACUGAUUCUUUGAAAGAGAUCGUGUAUUUAUAUAUUUGCAUCCGUGUUUGUCUCAAAAAAUUUCGAAAGACAAUUAAAUCAAUUGACACGCAGCGAAAUUCGUAAUUUGUUUGAAGGAAGGUAAAGCUUUCGAAAAUGUGGACAUAAAUAACAGCAACCUAAUAAGAUUUAAUUCUGGAGAUGAAACAGGUUAUAUUUUCUGUUAAAGCUUUGUCUUCGCAACUGUUGCCCCCGAGUAGAAAGAAGGAAUCCAUUUCAAUCUGUUUUCAGAUUUGUUCAAAAUCCUCAGACAAUCCUUUUACGCAAAAUAAUUGCUUUAUUCGCUGACGUAGAAAUUGCCUACUUCGUACAGCAUACGCGAACUGUCAAUUUGUGA